AGUAUGUGCGCGGCGGAGCCGGGGCCGGGCGCGCGGAGCCACGCCGCCAUGGGGGUGUGUGGCCCAGGGCUGCCGCCGCCGCGCAGGGGGGCUGCUGGCCUCCGUGGGCCGGUAGGCAGCGCCCGCUGAAGACGGUGAGGAGGCAGCACCUAGGCAUGGCUGACCCGCUCCGCAGGACGCUUUCCAAGCUGCGGGGCAGGAGGUCCCAGCGCGGGGCGGCCGCUGGCACCGGGCACCGUCACGGCGGGAUUUGCGCCCCUCAGGAUUUAAUAGAAAAUGUUUACAUAGCUUCAAGGAGCAGGAAGGAGCCCAGGUACCCCCAGGCCAGCGAGGCUCCUGAACACAGGCCACAGGUGAACAGCAUUACUGUUUCCAAGAAACGCAGCUGGCUGCAGCAGAGCACCCAUCAACCUCCUCCUUCUCCAGAAGAAAACACCUCUAAGGAAACGCAUGGAGCUGUUGUCCUGGUACCCAAAUCUCCCAUCCUGCUGCCUGAACCCACAGUGCUGCAGGGUCCGUCCAUGCCACCAGUGGGGUGGGAGCACCCUGCACGAAGCUGUGCUCCUGUUAGUGCUCCGUCAAGUGCCACAAGCCCUGCUGCACUGAGAAGCACUGCUUUGGACUUCACUGAGGAUAACGAUGCAGAUGAUGAAGGUGAAAUAUGGUACAAUCCGAUCCCUGAAGAUGAUGAGCCAGACUUGCUGAGAGUCUGCUCUUCUGCUGUGAAUAGCCCUGUGGCUGUGGGCUCCCUAGCGGUCCGGUACAAUCCUCACCCUGGGGGUGACUCUGGAAUGCCCGUGGGUCCCCACGAAGGUGCCCCAAGCUCCAUGGAGAGUGUGGGGAGCAGUCGCAUGGCUCAUCCUGGUGAAGUGAGUCAGGCCGAUGCCUUGCAUCCUGGGGAGCACUUUCAGCAGUACCGACAGAGGUUUGGCUGCAAAGCUCCCAGCAUGCCAGCAGUCGAGGACAAUCCCGCCUUUAAGUGCCCUUCAGCAGGGUCUGGAGUUGCACUUGCACACAAAGCUGAUAUACCUUCAACAGAGGUUUCUCCUCCAAGUCCCAGUCCUCUGAAAAAAAGUGGAUCAAUCAACUGGCCUUUUCCUGAUAGAAUUAAGUCUCCCAGGACUGUGAGGAAGCUUUCCAUGAAGAUGAAAAAACUGCCAGAGCUGAGCAGGAAGCUGAGCGUUAAGGGAACUUCAAGCCAUACUAGUUCAGAUAAUCCUCCUUCCCAGCAGAAAGGUAGCUGUCGAGAAACAAGCCAUACGGUGUCUUUGCCAUCUUCUGGGAACUCAAGCACAGCUGCCAGCAGGAAUGUAAUAAGCCGUUACCAUCUCGACAGCAGUGUGUCAUCACAACACACCUACAAAAAGAAAAGCUCAAGGAGCUUCAAAUCCUUCAACAAAGGUGGUUACCUCAGUGAUGGUGACUCUCCUGAACUUAUAUCAAAAUCAGGUAAACACAGGCAUGAAACCAAGUGUGGGAAGGGAAAGGAGAGCCUUCCAAGUAACGGUGGUAAGGGUGAAAUAGAUAUCGAUGCCUUCAGACACUACAACUUUUCUGAUCAGCCCAAGUGUUCUCAGUAUAUCUCUGGUCUUAUGAGCAUCCACUUUUAUGGUGCUGAAGACUUGAAACCACCAAGAAUCGAUUCAAAAGAUGUCUUUUGUGCAAUACAGGUGGACUCAGUAAACAAAGCAAGAACAGCCCUGCUUACGUGCAGGACAACGUUUUUAGAUAUGGACCACACGUUUAACAUAGAAAUUGAAAAUGCUCAGCACUUAAAGCUGGUGGUGUUCAGCUGGGAACCCACCCCACGGAAGAACCGGGUCUGUUGUCAUGGAACUGUGGCUCUUCCCACUCUUUUCCGAGUGACAAAGACACAUCAGCUGGCUGUCAAGCUGGAACCAAGGGGGCUUAUUUAUGUCAAGCUGUCGCUCAUGGAGCAGUGGGAGAACUCUCUUGAUGACCUUGAUGCAGGGCAGGAGCCUGUGAUGUUUGGGGUGGAUGCCCGAAAAGUUGUAGAGAAGGAAAACGUGGGCUUGAUGGUGCCACUUUUGAUGCAGAAAUGCAUUCUGGAGAUCGAGAAGAGAGGCUGUCAGGUGGUAGGACUGUAUCGGCUCUGUGGUUCAGCAGCAGUUAAGAAAGAGCUUCGAGAGGCAUUUGAGAAGGACAGCAAGGCUGUUACGCUUUGUGAGAGCCGCUACCCAGAUAUUAAUGUCAUAACAGGUGUCCUAAAGGAUUAUCUGCGAGAGCUACCCUCUCCCCUGAUAACUAAGCAGCUCUAUGAAGCAGUGUUGGAUGCCAUGGUGAAAACCCCCUUGAAAAUGACAGCAAACAAUUGUGAAAAUGACCCAAGUGACUCUGAGCACACUGCAGCCCUUCUGGAUUGCUUGCCAGAUGUCGAGAAGGCUACCUUGAAGAUGCUGUUGGAUCACCUGAAACUGGUGGCUUCUUACCAUGAAGUAAAUAAGAUGACAUGCCAGAAUUUAGCUGUGUGUUUCGGCCCAGUAUUACUGAGCCAGAGGCAGGAGACUACCAACCAUAACAACAGAGUCUUCACAGACUCAGAAGAGCUUGCUAGCGCUCUGGACUUCAAAAAACACAUCGAAGUUCUUCACUAUUUACUCCAGCUGUGGCCAGUACAUCACUCACCCAUCAAAGAACCAGCACAUCUGAAUGCACCUCCUGAGCACCCAUCCUCGCUGAAUUACCUGAGGCCCAAGAGGCAGAGACCUCAGAUGCUGAAUCUGAGCAGUACUGAGAUGUCUGGAGUACUCAGACCAAGGCCAGCAGGUCUAGACAGUCCAUCAAGCAACCGCUAUGCUGGGGACUGGAGUAGUUGUGGGGAGAAUUACUUCUUAAACACCAAAGACUACCUGAGUGAAGCAGACUAUGAUGAUGUCCCUUCAGAAGAUACAGAGAGUGGAGAUGACAGCAGCAAAGCCGAUGAGUCGAAUGCCCUGGUAAGGCACCCGCAGCCCAGCUCUGGAGAGCACACGUUUCACAACUACUUGACAGUGCAAGCAAUAGACUCAGCAGUGGACCACAGAGCAAACCUCAAGGACCUGCAGGAAAGUAUUGAUACUCUGAUAGGAAACCUGGAAAAGGAACUCAACAAAAACAAAUUAAAUAUUAGUUAUUAAAUCCUAUCCUACACAACACCUUCUCCUUGUGCCUCCACGCCCUUCACAAGGCUUCCCACAGCUGUGUAAGGACUGACAGUGUCCCUUAAUGCCUUAUAGUAGGGCCACAGCUCACCUGGCAUUAAUAAAUGUUAAGCCAUUCUGUUACAUUUCUGCCUUUCUGUUAGAAGAUGUUGGCCUGAUUUGGGUGUUGGAGACAAGCUGAGAGGCCAUGAGGUGAGUGAGUCCACAUCGUGACAUUUCUCCCUAAAAACACUAUGCACUUAGGUGGUCUAGGCAAUACCUGGCAGAAGAUAAAGCAAUAUUUCCACUGCCAGUGGCAGCAGAACUCCUUGUUCCUAAAACCUUGGCUCCGGUACAGAUGUUCCUCUCAAAAGAGGAUGAACGCUGCUUGGCCUGAGUUUUGCAGCAUGGACUUCAGAUAGACUUCUUCUUCUAUAUAUGCAAUGGCUGCUACAAAAAAUGCUCUUUAUAUAUAUAUAUAUAUUAUUUAUAUAUGAAGUUUUAAUUGUACAAAUACUAAUGUAUUCCUGUAUUAACACUUUUCAGUAAUUAUUUAAACAAGCAGAAAGGAAAUAUUUUUCUAACCUUGUUUGUGUCUAUAUAUAUAUAUAUAUCUGUGUGUAAAUGUGCAUGUGUCUUUAGCCACCUUUGAGGAGGAGAAGUCUCUCAGAAUGACAAAAUUGAUUCUUUUCUAGGAAGACAUAAGCAGUGAUGCCAACUGAAGUUACCUCUUGGGUAACACAGCGUUUGAUUUAUGCACAGAAACAUGGCCAGAGAGAAGGCAGGGUGAAUGAUUAAUAUAAAUGACCUUGUUUGUUGCAGGGGCAUCAGUUCCCAGGUGUUGACUAUUAGCUCUCACUCCUCCCUGCCUACUAUCUUUUAUCUCUUUUUUCCCCUUCCCUCUUUAUGUUAUUUUUCAUGCAUAAAGGAGAUCUGGAAGUUAUUUACUGUUCAAAAAGUACUUCUGAUUUGUCCUUGUAACCUGUUACUUUAUUCUUGAUGUUUCAGUGCUUUUUUUUUUCUCCAGGGUUACACGUUGAGGUACUUUUGUCUGACUGCUGGUGGUUAGACAUGUUUGAGCCCCCCUCCGAAGUCCUGUGGCGCUGGAGAUGUGAGACUCCAGUUCUGCACAAAAGCAGUUACGUAGGAUCACAGGAUGUUAGGGGUUGGAAGGGACCCAGGGAGAUCAUCGAGUUACUUUCCCAUUUGAGUAUUUUAUUUACCUCAUCACCCAAAAAUGGAAAUCCAAAUUGUUACAUGGAGUUGAGUGAUCUUACCUCUGGGAAGUUUGGGUGGGAUUGCUGUUCAUUGACUGUUAGAUUCAGCCCUCACCUCCUCUCAUUUCAUCUUUUGUCAUUAGUAGUUUGUGGCAAAUAAUUGGAAGUGUCAUGUUAGGGAAACAUAUUUGUGGCUUAAUUAAAAGUAGCUACCAAACUGCAGAGAAAUGUUUUGAUAGUCCCUCUAACCAAAGGGAGAUGUAGUCAUUCCUUGUCCUUCACAAGUCAUCCCCAGUAAGGAAAGGGGGCAUUUGGGCAGCUGGAGGUGAGAGGGUUAUGCAUUUUUAGAGAUCAAACACUAAGGUGGCAAGUUAGAACUUAAUUCUCUUCAUCUUUUUGGUACAACGUUGGCAUCCCACCAUGGCUUCCCAGUGACCCUGUGGGUAAGUGCUACUCUGCUAACCCAUCCUUCCUUACAUGGCUUAAUUCGAGAGUUAUUUAUUUACAGUAGCAAGGAAAUAAGAAUUGCUAUGGCAAACUUCACCCCUCUUUUCUAAGGAAUUAUUUUAGCAUGGUUUCAAAUGGUUUAUUCAAUCUCAUUAAUUUAUUUUUUUGUAAGCAUUAAAAGAUGCAAAACAAUUACUGCAAUAUAAUGAUAAUGUAUGAAAAUGUAAAUUUAACCUGAGGCAUUUAUCAAGAAAUCGCUGUAUUUUUUUAAACUUUUAUACCUACAGAAUGUGCAUUCUUUUUAAACUAUAAAUUGAAACCCUAAAUAAAAUCUGAAUUAAGGACACAA